CUACAACACCUAGCAUGCCCCUGCGGUGCGCUGAUUGGCUAGGCGCUGUACGAGGGUUUACGUGGCACAGUGCUGUCGCUGAUCAGGCUCAGUUCGGUCUGUGGUCUCAGGUAUCGCUGCGGGUCAGGAUGCAGCUUUCGAUUGUGUUUUCAGCUUUGCUCCUGAAUAUUUUCUACAACUGCGUCUCUUCGUUGUACUUUCACAUCGGGGAGACCGAGAAGAAAUGCUUCAUAGAGGAAAUCCCGGACGAGACCAUGAUUAUCGGUAACUACCGGACUCAGCUGUAUGAUAAGCAGAAGGAGGAAUACCUGCCGGCCACCCAGGGUCUGGGCAUGUUUGUCGAAGUCAAAGACCCCGAUGACAAGGUGAUUCUGUCGCGGCAGUACGGCUCAGAGGGACGCUUCACCUUCACGUCGCACACACCCGGAGAGCAUCAGAUCUGCCUCCACUCCAACUCCUCCAAGUUCUCCCUGUUCGCCGGAGGCAUGCUGCGCGUUCAUCUGGACAUCCAGGUGGGCGAACACGCCAACAACUACGCCGAGAUCGCCGCCAAGGACAAGCUGACGGAGCUGCAGCUGAGAGUGCGACAGCUGGUGGAGCAGGUGGACCAGAUCCAGAAGGAGCAGAACUACCAAAGGUACCGAGAGGAGCGUUUCCGGCAGACCAGCGAGAGCACCAACCAGCGCGUCCUCUGGUGGUCCAUCGUGCAGACCCUCAUCCUGGUGGCCAUCGGUAUCUGGCAGAUGAGGCACCUCAAGAGCUUCUUCGAGGCCAAGAAGCUGGUGUAACUGUUUUUUUUUGAAGGAGCGUGUGUAUGAAAAUAUGUGCGUCUGGGAUCUACUGAUGGAUGCAGUAAAAGAAAAAGAAAAAAAGCAGCUGCUGUCGGGGUAAAAAUCGAGCUGCACCAAGAUUAGACUUGAAAACAUGUUUUUUUUAUUUUUUUUUUGUUCUUUUUUUCGGUUAUUGUUUUUGGUUUGAUGAGCCGCUCCCGUCUACAACAAACAUCCAGGACCACGUCUCCCCAACAGCUGGAAGUUUGAUCUUUCAGUGGCGUGUAAGACUGAUGUUUGCACCCAUGCAGUAAUUUAUCUCAUCCUGUCUCCUUUUCCUUCGUCACUUCGUGUUACUGGCCGCCCGCGACGUUGAUAAACUAACGUCAGGUUUACACGUCUUGUUGUUUUCCAAUUCCUCUAUAAAUGUCAUUUUUGUCCCAUACUUCCUCAUGAGGUUUAGUUGUAUGUGAUUAAAUCAAACUAGGAGUUCCUGAUCGACAUGUUUGGCAGCAAAUCUACCAUAAAACUUGAUUAAAUUUCAAACACUUGUCAGACAGCUUGUAUGGAUUAGAAUUUAAAUAUUUUCUUUGUCAAAGCACCGAAUUUUGGAAAAAUUUCUGGCAUUCAUUAUGAAGAGUCUUCUUUUUAGAUUUCACCCUUUUUAACAACGUGCCAUCCCCCUUUGUUUUAAACGUCAACGUUGUUUUUGAAUUUCAAGAGGAACGACUGCCAUGUGAUGAGGGCUGAGCUGGUGACGGCAGGGGUCGUUUUGCCUCUUUAUUACAAACUAGUACAUAUGACAAACAAGUGGGUGGUCUUUUUUUCUUUUUUUUUAAUGUUUCUGAUGGUAGGUGGUGUAGUUAUCUUCUGAAUGCACUGUUUUUCAUGAAACUGCCUCACUUUGCAAUGAAAUAUAAAUUCCAGACGUUUAAUCAUUUUACGCCAACCUGUGUGUUCAGACUGCAGAACGGCGAUGGGGAAGCUAAAUCUGAGUGAAUCGCUGUUUAGCUGCAGAACAGGGAAAAAAACAUCAUAAAGUUGUGUUUUUCUUCUCAAACACCUACAUUACAUAUUAGCUUUUAUUUAUACAAGCACCCCCACAGAAGCCAACUUUUGUGUGUUUGCUUAAUUUCUACAGUUUUUCUUUCUCGGAAAAGAUUUGAUUGUAUUUUCUGGUGGGGUUUUCUUUCUUUCCUGGGGGUUUCCGUUGGUUUUUAUUUUUUGCUAGAUGUGGCGCUAUUCUUUUUCAGUGCAUUAGAGGUCGGCACUCUGAAUAAACAGUUCUUUUUUUUUUUUUGUCUCCUUUUGGUUUGAAGGAUGUUCUGGCUCGCUGAUACUUUCUCAUUUUCUUGUAAAAUAUCCCAUCAACAGCUCAAGUCACUGUUUAGAGUUUUUAUAUUCUGUAUCUAUAAUGUAUUUUGAGGGAGAAAGUUUUUUGAAGCAGAUUAAAAAAGAAAUGUGACUGCAAAAAAUGAAUAAACCAACAACAACAACA